AUGGACCGCCGCCGCCGCCGGAAACAAGCUAAAACUCACCAUUCUGAGUCUGAAGAGGUCAGUAGUAUUGAAUGGGAGUUUAUAAACAUGAGUGACCAAGAGGAAGACCUCAUUUACAGAAUGUAUAGGCUUGUCGGUGAAAGGUGGGAUUUGAUAGCUGGAAGGAUUCCAGGCCGAAAAGCAGAGGAAAUAGAGAGGUUUUGGAUAAUGAAACACCGCGAAGGUUUUGCUGAGAAAAGAAAAUUGCAUAACAAAGUGAAGUCUAGGACUUUUAGUUAA